AAGCCGGGCCGCGGGCGGCACCGACAGCUGCGGCCGGGGUCGGGGACGUGCGGAGGUGAGGCUGGUGAAGAGCUGGAGCACGAUCUCAGGGGGAGAAAUCCUGGAACAUGACUCAGCAGCCACUUCGAGGAGUGACCAGCCUACGUUUCAACCAAGACCAAAGCUGCUUUUGCUGCGCCAUGGAGACAGGUGUUCGCAUCUACAAUGUGGAGCCAUUGAUGGAGAAGGGGCAUCUGGACCACGAGCAGGUGGGCAGCAUGGGCCUGGUGGAGAUGCUGCACCGCUCCAACCUGCUGGCCCUGGUGGGCGGUGGUAGCAGCCCCAAGUUCUCAGAGAUCUCAGCAGUGCUGAUCUGGGAUGAUGCCCGGGAAGGCAAGGACUCCAAGGACAAGCUGGUGCUGGAGUUCACCUUCACCAAGCCAGUGCUGGCUGUGCGCAUGCGCCAUGACAAGAUUGUGAUCGUGCUGAGGAACCGCAUCUAUGUGUACUCCUUCCCCGACAACCCCCGAAAGCUGUUUGAGUUUGACACCCGGGACAACCCCAAGGACCCUGCCUGGCCCCUACCUCCCCUUUACCCUCACACCCUAGGGCUUUGUGACCUCUGCCCUAGCCUGGAGAAGCAACUGCUGGUUUUCCCAGGACACAAGUGUGGGAGUCUGCAACUUGUGGACCUGGCGAGCACAAAGCCUGGCACCUCAUCUGCUCCAUUCACCAUCAAUGCACAUCAGAGUGAUGUGGCCUGCGUGUCCCUGAACCAGCCAGGCACUGUAGUGGCUUCGGCCUCCCAGAAGGGCACCCUCAUUCGCCUUUUUGACACACAGUCCAAGGAGAAACUGGUGGAGCUGCGCCGAGGCACUGACCCGGCCACCCUCUACUGCAUUAACUUCAGCCACGACUCCUCUUUCCUCUGCGCUUCCAGUGAUAAGGGCACUGUCCAUAUCUUUGCUCUCAAGGAUACCCGCCUCAACCGCCGCUCCGCGCUGGCUCGUGUGGGCAAGGUGGGGCCUAUGAUUGGGCAGUACGUGGACUCUCAGUGGAGCCUGGCGAGCUUCACUGUGCCUGCCGAGUCAGCCUGCAUCUGCGCCUUCGGUCGCAAUACUUCCAAGAACGUCAACUCUGUCAUUGCCAUCUGCGUAGAUGGGACCUUCCACAAGUAUGUCUUCACUCCUGAUGGAAACUGCAACAGAGAGGCUUUCGACGUGUACCUUGACAUCUGUGAUGAUGAUGACUUUUAAGGACCCUGGGGGCUGUGCAAGGGACCUGUAGUGGCAGAUUGCAGAACCGAGCCUUGGUGGGGGGACAGUGCUGUGGAAACCACCAGCCAGCAAGCAUUAAUGGGGGCCAGUGCCCACUUUCCACUCAGCAGAGCUGUGUCUGAAUAAACAGCUCACUUCCCCCAAGCACUUCUUGAUGACUGUGUGCUCCGAGAGCCAUGCCGGAGACCCAGAGAGGCAGUAAAUCCCCUGGGGCCACUAGCCUGGAGAAGGUUGCCAGGGACCCGGAGGGAGUCCUAAUCCAUCCUGAGGAAUUAGAAAAGCUUCCCAGAAAGAGAUGAUCUCUGGUGUGAUAAACAUGAAUAAAAGGCCCUUAAUGGCA